AUGGCGUGGUCAGCUCUUUCCGGCCCGUGCGUGGCCCUUGUCUUGCUCUUCUUCGGUUUGACCUCCUGCACUCCCUCUGGCCCAGCCUCUGCCACCUGCGCCACCCUGGAGCAGAGCCGCUUCUUCGGUGUGUUCACCUCGACUGUCGCCCUGCCCUCCGCACCAUGCUCCUGGACCCUCCAGAACCCUGACCCACGCCGCUACACUGUCUACAUGAAGAUCACCAAGCCCACUGACUCCUGUGUCCCCCGCGUCAUCAAGACCUUCCAGUUUGACUCCUUUAUUGAAACCUCCCGCACCUACCUGGGCAUGGAGAGCUUCGAUGAGGUGGUCCGGUUGUGCGACGCUUCCACCAACAUAACCUACCUGGAGUCGAGCAAGCAGUUCCUGCAGGUUCGCAAGGUGGCCCCAAGACACAGCCUGGAGAUGCUGGAGGGAGAGCAUGAUGUGAGCGAGUUCAAGGCUGAGUUUCUGGUUGUAGGAAAGAGGAACCCAAGUAUGCCCGCUUGCAACAUGCUGUGUCAGUGGCAGGAGAAGUGUUUGUCCAGCAGCACCCCUGAUAACGCCUGCGGUAUCAUGAACACCCCCUGCCAAUGCUGGGAGACCCCACAGAGGAAGCCAGGCAGCUGCUACAGGGGCGGUGUCUACGUUGAGAAAUGCCUUCCCAUCCCCAGAGACAAUGGACGUGAUGCUGAGAUCAUCAAGGGCUGGAGUGGCUGGAGCCGUUGGUCAGAGUGCAGCCAGGAGUGCGGCGGUGGAGUCCAGGUGCGCAACCGAGCCUGUCAGCCAGACGAGAGUGCAUGUGAGGGUGUGGCUGAAGAAGGACGGGCCUGCAACAAUCAGCCCUGCAUUGGCAAAGUGCGCACCAGGAGCCAAGCUCUGCGAUCCAUCAUUGGCUUGAAGAGAGACAACACUGAAGAGCCAAACCAAGGUGUUACUGGAACCCUAACAGCUGCCGUGCCAGACGGGUGGUCUCCCUGGAGCGUGUGCUCAGUUACUUGUGGGGAGGGCUGGCAGAGUCGCACCCGUUUCUGUGUCACUUCCUCCUAUGCCACCCAGUGCACCGGACCCCUUCGUGAGAACCGGCCCUGCAACAACACAGCUGUCUGCCCUGUUCACGGUGCUUGGGAUGAGUGGGCCCCCUGGAGCCUCUGCUCCUCCACCUGUGGUCGUGGUUACCGUGACCGUUCCCGCGUGUGCAGGCAGCCCCAGCAUGGAGGAGAGCAUUGCGGCGGCCCAAACAAACAAACCAAGUUCUGCAACAUCGCUGUCUGCCCAGUGGAUGGAUACUGGAACGACUGGUCUGCCUGGAGCGCAUGCUCUGCAUCUUGCUCCAAUGGUACCAGGCAGAGAACCCGGGAAUGCAACGGGCCGUCCUAUGGAGGCUCUGAGUGCCAUGGCAACUCGAGGGAGACAGCAAACUGCUUCUUGAAAGAGUGUCCCGUUGAUGGGCGUUGGCAGCCAUGGAGUUCUUGGGCCAGCUGCAGUAAGUCUUGUGGUGGGGGCAUCCAGCAGAGGCACAGGGUCUGUGAUGGGCCUUUCCAUGGUGGCGAACCUUGCCCUGGUGAGAAGGGAGAGCAGAGGCGCUGCAAUGAGAGAAGAUGCCCAGAGCCCCAUGAGAUCUGUCUCGAGGAGAACACAGGAGAUGUUGUAUGGAAGAGAACCCCUGCUGGAGACAUGGCUGCAGUUGUGUGUCCUGCUGAUGCCUCAGGUUUGGUCCUGCGCCGGUGCACCCUCGACGCUGUAGGUCUUGCCUUCUGGGAGAACCCAACUCACGUCAAGUGUGUCUCAAAGAACUAUGAGACCAUUCAGAUGCUGACUCAGGACUACAUCUCCAAGGCUCAGACAGGGCAGGCAGUGGACGGAGUCUCUGAGGUGAUUUCACGCCUGAGAUUCUCCUCAGAUGAGGGGGCCAGGUACAGUGGAGACCUGCUGGCCAUCAUCGAAAUCCUUAAGAACACCACUGAGCUGUACCAGGGCACCAGCAUGAGAUUUAGCAACGCUGAUGUGGAGAACUAUGUCCAGACCAUCAGCAACUUACUGAAGGAGGAGCAUCGUGACAAAUGGGAGGAGGCACAGCUGAUGGGCGUUAGCGUCAAGGAGUUCCUGCGCCUUGUUGAGGACUUUGUUAACAUGAUUGGGAUGCAAAUGAGUGGCUUUCAGGACAUUUAUGAAGUCACAGAGAAUUUAGUGCUGAGCAUCCAUAAGCGCCCCACCACCACAAACUCCAACUUCACCUUCCCUGUGAAGGGCUGGAGGGGAAUGAUGGACUGGGUCAGAACCUCUGAGGAAAAGAUUACAGUGUCUCGUGAUGCUCUGUCCAUUGAUCAGUCUGACGGCACCUCUGCUUUUGUGACUGGCAUCGUCCUCUACAGGAACCUUGCCUCCCUCCUGUCCUUCCAGAGUAACACCACUCUGCUCAACUCCAAGGUGGUGACAGUGAUUGUCAAGCCCACACCAACUCUCCUGUCAUCCCCUGUUGAGAUUAACUUCCCCCACCUCCACAAUGGCACUAUCAAUGAGACCUGCCUUUCCUGGGACGAGAGUGAAACUUCCUCACUGCUCGGGUCUUGGUCUGCUCGGAGCUGCAGAGCGGUCCCCGUUGAUUCAUUCAGAACCAAAUGCGUGUGUGACAGCCUCUCCACCUUCGCCAUUUUAGCGCGGAUAAACCUCGACUCGAUCAUGGACAAGGCACUACUCCCAUCCGUGACUCUCAUCGUUGGCUGUGGGGUCUCCUCUCUCACCCUGCUGCUCCUCAACAUCUACGUCUCCGUCUGGAAGUACAUUCGCUCCGAGCGCUCCGUUAUCCUCAUCAACUUCUGCCUCUCCAUUAUCUGCUCCAAUGCCCUCAUUCUCGUUGGACAAACUCAGGCUCGCAACAAGGUGGUGUGCACUCUCGUAGCCGCUUUCCUCCACUUCUUUUUCCUCUCCUCUUUCUGCUGGGUGCUGACAGAAGCUUGGCAGUCCUACAUGGCUGUCACUGGUCGUCUGCGCAACCGCAUUAUCCGCAAGCGCUUUCUGUGCUUAGGCUGGGGGCUUCCUGCAUUGGUGGUGGCUGUCUCUGUGGGUUUCACCAAGGCUAAGGGAUACGGCACUGUCAACUACUGCUGGCUGUCUCUCGAGGGCGGGCUCCUCUACUCCUUCGUUGGUCCUGCUGCAGCUGUUGUGCUGGUGAAUAUGGUCAUUGGUAUUCUGGUCUUCAACAAGCUUGUGUCCAAGGACGGCAUCACUGAUGUGAAGCUGAAGGAGAGAGCCGGGGCGUCACUGUGGAGUUCCUGUGUCGUUUUGCCUCUCUUGGCCCUCACCUGGAUGUCUGCUGUCCUGGCCAUCACCGACCGCCGCUCUGCCCUGUUCCAGAUUCUCUUUGCUGUCUUUGACUCUCUGGAGGGCUUUAUCAUCGUCAUGGUCCACUGCAUCCUGCGUAGAGAGGUUCAAGAGGCUGUAAAGUGCAGAGUAGUCGACCGUAAGGACGACGGCAAUGGAGAUUCUGGCAGUUCUCUUCAGAAUGGCCACACCCAGCUUGUGUCUGAUUUCGAAAAGGAUGGUGAUUCCAACAGACAAGGCAUGAAGAGUUCCUCCGAAGAGAAGAUGCCCCCUCCUCAGCUACCCCUUCCCAUGGGCUCCAACUUCCAUACCCUGCCAUCCAACCCCAACAAGAGCCACAUGCAGGCCGUUCCCGAGUAUUCUAGCCACACCCUCACCCUGAAGAGAGAGAAGAGUCGGCUGGCUGGAGGUGUCGACCCAUCCUGUGGGAAACCUGUGUAUGUCUGCGACAGCGAGCUCUUCAAGCAGCUGGACGCUGAUCUUGCUCGUGGUCAGGCUGAGGGCACCUUGCCUGAUGGUAGUGGUUAUGUCCUUAUGCCCAACACUACCUCCACCUUGAGGACCAAGCCCAAAGAUGACCCUGCAAAGUACAACAUCAAUGUGGAGCAGAUGCCUCCUGGCAGGUUGAUGCACCUCAGCGGACCCUUCGCCGAACCCCAGGCAGCCUUCGGGAUCAAGUCAAUCCCUGCUGACCAGGUCAGCGUGUCGUAUUCAGAGAGAGACUCACCUGUGCAGAAUAUCCACAACAUGUCCAGCGAGUCUCACAUUACCCACAGUAGCCUGGAGAACACCUUCGAGUCCAUGAACUCCAUGAUGUCCAAGAGUGAGACAAUCUCCACGCUGUCCAUGAGCUCCCUAGAGAGACAGAAGUCCCGUUAUGCUGAGCUAGAUUUUGAGAAGAUCAUGCACACAAAGAAGCGCCACCAGAACAUGUUCCAGGACCUAAACCGAAAGUUACAUCAUGCUGACAAAGACAGAGAGUCCCCUGCCUCUGACAGCAAGUCUGUGAGAUGGAGUGUGUCCUCAGGAGGAAGUGACAAAACAAACCACAGCGACAAACAACAAGCCCCUAUGGACAGGCCAUGGGAGGGAGUCCGGGGAAUACCACAGUCACCCCCUGCAUGGGUGCGCAAAGACUUGGAGCCCCUGGCCGCCUCACCCCUGGAGCUGCACUCAGUGGAGUGGGAAAAGAGCAGCACCACCAUCCCUCUGGUGGGGCAGGACAUCAUUGACCUGCAGACAGAGGUCUGAGGGGGAGGAGGGGGGCUAGCAAGCCGCCUGAUUUCACCUUGGUCACCUUUUUGGUUUGGGAGGAAAGCAGGGAUCCUGUUUGGAUAGAGUAGAGGAAACCAAGGAGGGAGGAAGUGAGGAAG